AUGACACUUUUCCUGAUCAACGAAUGGAAGAAGCGCCCCGGCGGCCCUCAGGACCCCUCGGCCUUCCUGAUGGGUCUGGAUAGCACCCGCUUCUCCACCCGCGAGAAGGAGAUCAUCAUUGAACAACUCGAUGAUUGGGACGUCAUCAUGUCCACCUGGUUCGAGAUCGCCGACUUCCUCCCGUCCAUCGAACGGCUCUACGAGAACACGACGUUCUCCCAACGGCACCGAGCGGCCCUGCUCGCUUCGAAGGUCUCCUAUUGCCUCGGCGACGAUCGCGGAGCCUUGCAUUUGGCCCUUUCCGCGAAUGAUCUCUUCCAGUUGACGCCACGCCCGCCAAGCAAGACCGUUGGCAAUCAAGACGAACAGUAUGUCAACAAAAUGAUCGAGAUCGGCCUUGACACCUACAAAGGCAAUCGUUCGCGCGGCGAGAAGUCUGACCCUCGCUUGGAAGCCCUCAUCGAGCGCAUCUUCCAAAUCAACAUCCAGCGCAACGAGCUCCGCUUCGUGAUUGGUCUCGCCUUGGAGACGCGCCGUGUCGACAUGAUUGAAGCGGCGAUCAAGUCCAGCACUGACUCUACUGGCCUUUUGGCCGAAACCGUGCAGCGUGUGCUCGAGUCACAACUCGAUACUGGGUUGCGCAACCAGGUUCUGGAUAUGCUGCUCCAGAUGUUUUCGAAAAUGGACAAGCCCGAUUUCGUCGCUAUCUGCCAAUGCCUCAUCCGACUCGAGAAACCGAGCGAUGUUGCCCUGAUUAUCCACCGACUGCUUGGCACUGGCGGAGACGGAGAGCUGAUGGCCUAUCAAAUUGCCUUUGACUUGUACGAAAACGCCACCCAGCAAUUUAUCAACUCUAUCAACCGCGAGCUAGGUGACGAUGGGCAGCACGAUGGCCAACAACCGUCCACUGCGGAGGGUGGCUCCCGCCCCACGACCCCGGUGAAGAACGGAAGCCCUGCCAAGGAAGAGGGUUCAUCUCCGGAUGCUACUCCCUCUACGCCCGCGGAACGCCCUGCAACGCCGGUCAAGGAGGCCAAGCCACUGACGCCAAAGUCCCGGAUUCGGCUUAUCCUAUCUGGCCAGGAAACGAUUCGCCUCCACAUGCAGUUCCUGAUUAAGAAUAACCACACUGACAUGCUGAUCCUGAAGGAGAUGAAGGACAGCGUCCGUACAGCAACUGCCCACAACGCUACGCUCAUCGCCAAUGGCUUCAUGCAUUUCGGUACCACCUGUGAUGAUUUUCUGCGAGACAAUCUGGAGUGGAUUGGCAAGGCCACCAACUGGAACAAGUUCAACGCUGUGGCUACUCUGGGGCUCAUCCACAAGGGCCACGAGGUGAACUCGAUGAAGCUGCUUGAGGCCUACCUUCCCAAGACGGAGGUUGACCAGUUUGGAUUCAAGGAAGGAGGUGCCCUGUAUGCGCUCGGACUCAUUCACGCCAACCACGGUAACCCAACGGUGAUCAAGUACCUGCGUGACCAGCUGCAGAACGCGCAAGUCUCCCCGGUGCGCCAUGGCGCUUGCCUCGGUCUUGGGCUGGCUGCGAUGGGAACGCGUGAUCAGGAAGUGUAUCGCCAGCUUCGCGACACCUUGUACCUGGACGAUGCGGUGACCGGUGAGGCAGCAGCCGUCUCCAUGGGCCUGGUCAUGGCCGGGGAUCACAACGACACCGUGUUCCAGGAAAUGGUUCAAUACGCCCAGGAGACCCAGCACGACAAGAUCCAGCGCGGUAUCCGCACCGGUCUCGCUAUCUUGGCAUGCGGCGGCGCUGAUACCGCAGAGCCGUGGAUCGAACAGCUGCUCGACGUGAAAUCCAACGCCGUGCUCCGUCAAUCUGGCGUCUGCAUGCUCGCCCUGGCUUAUUCUGGUACCGGAAAUGCCAAUGUCGUCAGGAAACUUCUCGCGAAGGUGGCUGCUGAUCCGAACAACGACGUCAAGCGAUGGGCGGUUAUUGCCAUCGGCUUCGUCCUCAGCAAGGAGCCGGAUCAAUGUGUCUCCUACACUUCAAUGCUCGUCGAGCACUUCAACGGCCACGUCAGAUACGGUGCUGCCCUUGCGCUGGGAAUCGCCUGCGCCGCGACGGCUAACCGGGAAGCGAUCGCCCUCAUCGAGCCUCUUCUCUCUGCCAAGGAAAACUUUGUGCGCCAAGGUGCUGUCAUGGCUCUGGCGCUCAUCCAGAUCCAACACACCGAAGCUACCUCUCCAAAGAUUGCCGAGCUGCGUAAGACGUUUACGAAGAUGGCCAGUGAGCGUGGCGAAGAUUCGAUGACCCGUUUCGGUGCCAUGGUUUCGCAAGGAAUCAUGGAUGCUGGCGGCCGCAAUGUCACGGUCUCUUUGCAGAAUCGCAACGGAUACCCCGACUUGGCCGGUGUGAUUGGAAUGUUUGUCUCGAUGCAAUACUGGUACUGGCACUCAUUCACGCUCUGCAUGUCUCUCGCUUUCAAGCCAUCAUGCGUCAUUGGGCUCAACAGCAAACUUGAGAUGCCGAUCAUCGAGAUAAAGUCAAACGCCAAGGCCUCUACUUUCGCCUACCCUCCCCCGAUCGAGCCGAAGAAGAAGGAAGAGCGCGAGAAGGUGGAAACUGCCAUCCUGUCGAUCACGAAGAAGAAGGGAUUGCUGGUUGGCAAGAAGGAUGCACCGAAGAAGGAGAAGGAGCCAGAGAAGAUGGAGGUCGACGGAGACGACAAACCGAAGGCCGAACUGGCGAAGGAGGGCGACGGGAAGGCUGAGAAGAAAAAACUCGAACCGGAAGCCCCCACGCAUAUGAUCCAGAAUCCUGGCCGUGUUGUCAAGCAACAGCUGAAGACGCUGGCCACCGCCGAGGGUGCCAGGUACAAUCCGUUGAAGCCGUUCUCGAUGGGCGGGAUCAUCUUGCUCCGUGAUUCGCGGCCGGAUGACAAGGAAGAGAUUGUGGCGACGGUGGCUGCUGGCGGCAUCCCCUCCUCGACCGGCUCUUCUUCUGCCCCGGAAGUCCCGAUGCCGGCUUCGUUCGAAAUUAAGCUCGACCAAUAU